AUGGCGCUAGAUGGUGUACCGGCAAAAAUCAUCGCCAUGAUCAAGGCCUAUUAUCGCUCCACUACUGCGAGAGUCCUGGUCCGCAACAAUAUUUCCCAACCGUUCGGUAUUCAGUCUGGCGUCCGACAGGGUUGUAUCCUGUCACCCAUACUGUUCAACUACGCUAUUGACUGGAUCCUCGGGAGGGCCCUACGCGACAGUGACGGUGUAAAAUUUGCACCCGGACAUCGACUGACUGAUCUCGACUAUGUCAAUGAUAUCGCCUUACUUGCUUCAAGUUUUGGUGAUCUGCAGUCUAUGGUGUCACGAGUGAACGAGGUCACUAAAUCAGUCGGUUUGUCCAUAAACGCUGGGAAGACCAAAGUAUUCUCAAGCUGCAUCCCUGACCAGGAGAAGGCACCCCUGGGGAUUGAUGGCUGUCAACUUGAAGAAGUGGACAGUUUUAAAUACCUCGGGGCGCGGCUGCUGCCUAAUGGACAGAGUAAGGACGACAUUGUCUCCCGAAUCGAUGCUGCCCGCUGGGUUUUUUAA